AUGGCUAAGUCAUCACUAAGCAACGUGACAUCCAAAACAUCCUUCUACAUCACAUCAGAUGAAUCUCAACUGCUUUCUAACGAGGCGAAGGACACAGCAACAAAUAUCUUAAUAACUAUUCGUUUACUUACCACAGUCAUAUCCAUGCCUCUGGCACUGUGCACCUUGACUGUCUUUUCCCACAAAAGCAUGCGCAGUGCCACCGGAACCUACGUCAUCGGUCUAACGCUUGCACAGAUCGUGUUCAUGUUGGGCAGGGCAACAACUGUCGUCAAUACGUUUGUAGUGGGCAACGGGUCCCAGAGUUUAGCCUGGAAAUAUCUCUGGCAGUAUGUGCUGAACUACAGCGGCCUCGUGGCACGGCGAGCAUCUCAAGUGGUCACGUGCGUAGUCUCCGUGGAAAGACUGUACGCUGUGCUCAGACCUCUACAUGUCAAGACCUUCUUCUUGAGCCAGUACUCCAUGCUCCUCACCCCGGGUGUGUACCUAACAUCGGCGCUCUGGCACAUCUACCUCAUUCUGGGCACCGAUGUGGUCACCCUGACAACAAACUCAACAACGAUACACGUGUAUGUUCCAUCGUCGUUCUAUCAGAACCACAAGGACCUCUGCGUGGGACUUUCCAUGUCGGCUAAAGUCGUGCAGGUUUUUGUUGCCCUCACCCUGCAAAUAGCUUUAAACGUUUUAACGGUUUGGGCCCUGCGACGUCACAACAUGGCGACACGUGACGUGCAGUCCACGCGGAGAAGUGAGGUCAAGCUGCGAGCGGAACGUCAGAUGACCCUCACAAUAUUAGUUACCACCAUUUGUUCGGUUAUCUUGACGAUUCCUCUAACGGUAGCCAAUGUAUGGGAUGACUUUGAACCAAUGAGCGAUUCAGUCAACAGCAGAAUCUACAACGUGCGGCUUGUUUUCCAGGAAAUCGGCAUCAACUUCUCGGUCCUUAGCUGUGGAGGGGUGGACUUUUGUUGUUAUGUGAGAUUAAGCUCCAAGUAUAGAGAAGUUCUCCACCAGGUUAUUAGCUUUGACAAAAGUUCUAGUUUUCAUAACAAACCGGAUGGCCAGAACUAUUCAGAAAACCUUUAUCAGACACCAGCGACAUUAAAAGCAUUAUCCACUGAGAAACAGUUGUAA